GCGAGAGUGUGCGUGUCUGAUCCUCUCACACUCCGCAGCCGGAGUCUGGCUGUUUGGGAUGGGGAAGGUUUCAAAUGCGGAAGUUUCCACCCAUAACGCUGCCACCCCGAAGAUGAGGCUUGCAAUGACAUUUGCGCUAGCAGCGCGUUAGGAGAAGUUACCAUUCCGCAGGGAAACUGUUGCUAUACCUCCGCGGAACUGGAGUAAACUUCACAUGGCGUCUCUGGCGAGCGCAGAGCGACGUGCAUUCGCUCUGAAGAUCAACAGACACUCGUCUGCUGAGAUCAGGAGACACUUUGGUGGGACGUAUGGCUCCCCUCAGGUCUCCAUGCAACACAGUCAUCAUGGCUCCAACGCGUCUGCCUCCAUGUGCUUCACCGUGCCCCAGUCAUAUGACGCGGUGGAGCCCUUGGACUUGGAGGAGUUUCUGAUGUCACAGCUGCAGGGCGGAGACUCCGCCCUCAUGCGGGAGCUCGGAGAUUUCCCUGACGAUGACCUGGAAGUAGAAUAUGUGGAGAAGGAGUGUCGGACCGUACGCCACUCUGUACCUGAUGAGGGGGUGGAGUUGGAUUCCCACGUGAGGGACUGUGUUCAGAGUUACACCCAGCCCUGGCUGAUGGUCAGCAGGAGGUGCCAGGGAGAUGGCUGGAGUGCAUAUUCCGAGCGGGCAAGUCUACACAAAACUCUGCGGAAACAGACUUUUGAAUCCGACGUCCAGCCAGAGAAACAAGAGACACGGGUGAAGUCCCCCUCCCUGGUGGUACUGAGUGAUGACUCCGGCAGGACCCUGACCUCCUCUGACUUUGACCUCCGCUCUGGUCUGACCCCUGACCCCAGAGUGGACGGGCUACUGCGCUUCAGUAACCACGAUGACCUGGACAGGUUCAACCUGGAAGCCCGGCAGGCGAACCGCCACGCAGACCUGUUCGCCUUGUACCCACCCACCGACGAGGAUGAUGCAGUGGAGAUCCGGCCUAUUCCCGACUGUCCCAAAGAUCACAUGGGAGACCGGAUCAUCAUCCGGUGCCAGGCCAUCAGGUUUGAGAUUGACAUCGAACCACUGUUUGCUACCCUGGCUCUGUACGACCUGAGAGAGAAGAAAAAGAUAUCUGAGAACUUCUACUGUGAUCUGAACUCGGAUCAGUUUAAAGGGUUCCUGAAACACCACACGCCACAGACGGACCACUCCACCCUCUCCCGAGCAGCCAUCUUCUCCAUCACAUACCCCUCCCCAGAUAUCUACCUGGUCAUCAAGAUAGAGAAGGUGCUGCAGCAGGGGGAGAUCAGUGACUGUGCUGAACCAUACAUGGUUAUGAAGGAGAGUGACUCAGCGAAGAAUAAGGAGAAGUUGGAGAAGCUGCGCAGCCAGUCAGAGACGUUCUGUCAGAGACUGGGUCGCUACCGGAUGCCCUUCGCCUGGGCCACGGUCAACAUCAUGAACGUCAUCAGCACCGCCACGCUGGACCGGGACACCACCGACUCUGACAGCCUCAAUGGUAAGUCCAGCAGUCUGGAUAAGAGAGGCCAGCUGCCCAGGAGGAACUCUGAGAGGUUCGCUACCAUGGAAGACCAGUGUAACAUGUCUGCCUUCAAACCUGCUACCAUCACCAUCAGCACAUUCUGCAAGCAGGAAGGCGACCGUCUGAGCGACGAGGACUUGUUCAAGUUCCUGGCAGACAUCAAGAAGUUCUCAUCCCUGCAGAGAAGAAUUAAAACCAUAUCAGGUAUGAUUAAACUGGAUGUGACCCCGGUCCAUGACAACCCGAUGGCAUGUCUCUCUGCUGAGCUGAUCCCAGUCAAGCCAGUGGCUGAGAAGAACCUGAGACCUAUCAAAGAGGUGUUGGAGUUCCCUUCCAGCGAGGUCUAUGUUCCACACAGCACUUACAGGAACCUGUUCUAUGUAUACCCCCAGCGGCUCAACUUUGUCAACAGGCUGACUUCAGCAAGGAACAUCACCAUUAAAAUCCAGUUUAUGAGUGGAGAAGACCCGAGCUGUGUGCUGCCUGUCAUUUUCGGAAAAUCAAAUGGUCCAGAGUUUGUGCACGAAGUAUACACCCCGGUCACGUACCAUAACAAGUCUCCAGACUUCUAUGAGGAGGUGAAGAUAGCUCUGCCUGCCAGGCUGACUGAGAGACACCACCUUUUGUUUACCUUCUACCAUAUCAGCUGUCAACAGAAGCAGACAGCCACCAGUGAGACAUUCAUAGGAUUCUCUUGGCUGCCUAUACUGAGUUGUGACAGAUUACAGACUGGUCAGUACUGCCUUCCCAUCGCCCUGGACAGACUGCCUGUCAACUACUCACUGCACUCACCUGAGAAAAUCCCCCCUCAGGUCCCUCCAGUCAAGUGGAUGGAGGGCCACAAAGGAGUGUUCAACUUGGAGAUACAGGCUGUGUCCUCUGUACACACACAGGAUAACCACUUGGAGCGUUUCUUCACGUUGUGCCACGCCCUGGAGGGCGGAGCGACGUUCCCACUCCGGGUUCGGGAAGAGAAGAUUCCGGAGAACAAGCUAGAGAACGAGCUGAAGCUGAGCAUCAUCUCCCUGCCCUCCUCCAGACUUGAACCUCUGGUCCUCUACCUCCACCUGGUCUUAGAUCAACUCUUCACCCUCAUCAUGCAGCCCAUGGUCAUCGCUGGACAGAUAGCCAACCUAGCCCAGAUAGCUUUUGAGUCGGUGGUGUCCAUCGUCAACAGUCUCCACAACAGCCAGGAGCUGGCCAGGGACCAGCAGGGUAGGAACGGUCUCCUAGCAACAUACCUGUACUGGGUGUUCCGCCUGGCCGACUCUCCCCGGGAUCUCCUCAACACAGGUCCAGAUGGGGUGUUACCUCCCACUGAGGGGCGCUACAGUACAAUGGGGCGGGCCUCAGCCACCACAGUAGGAGCCAUGCUACUGCAGUCUCGGCUCCGCAGCAGCAGCAACCCUGAUAUACCUGCUCCACACAGUGCAGAGGACACAGAGGUCAAAAACAUCCUGUCAGCUAAGGGCUACAACACCCCAGGCUGUCGCAUGUCCACCUGUGUGGAUUCGAGCAGCCACCCUCAGAGGUCUACAGGCGGGACCCGGCCCUCCAACAGAAAGCAGUUCCAUGAAGAGUUGGCUCUACAGAUGGUGGUCAGCACGGGGGUCUGCAGAGAGAACGCGUACAAAUACGCCUGGUUCUUCUUUGAACUGCUGGUGAAGAGCAUGGCCCAGCAUGUGUCUCAGCUGGAGAAGCAGGACGUCCCUCGCAGGAGCCGCUUCUCAGACCGCUUCAAAGACGACAUCACCACCAUCGUCUCUGUGGUCACCGCCGAGAUAGGGACCAUCCUGGUCAAACAGCAGAAGGAGUUGGAGCAGGCAGAGAAGGUCAACAUCAGCCUUGCUUUCUUCCUGUAUGACCUGCUGUCUCUCAUGGACCGAGGCUUCGUCUUCAUCCUGGUCAAAAACUACUGCAACCAGAUGUCGGCAAAGAGCAUUUCCAUGCCAACCAUGAUCGGUAUACGAUUGGAGUUCCUGCGUAUCCUGUGCAGUCAUGAGCACUACCUCAACCUCAGCCUUUACUUCAGUAGUCCCGCCUCCGCACCCGCCUCCCCAUGCCCAUCCAUCUCCUCACAGAGCUCCAGUUCAUGUAGUUUCCAGGAGCAGAGGAUCCUGGGCCUGUUUGAUCUGUCCCAGGAGUUUAAACAGCAGCACUACCUUACUGGUCUACUGCUCACCGAGCUCAACGCUGCACUGGACAUGGAGUCAGAGGGGUCAGUAGACACACACAGGGGUAAGGUCCAGAGGAAGGCCAUCAACGCCACCUACAGUCUGCUGUGUGCCCAUGACCUGGACCAGCGCUGUGCCCAGCCUGAGGUCAGGGCCAAGGUGGCCACUCUCUACCUCCCCCUGGUGGGCAUCAUCAUUGACUCCAUCAACUACCUGGACUUUACAGUGUCCGAGGCUCGCGGAGGGAAGAACAAGACAGGUGGCUCAGACGAGGACCCCGACAACGUCACGCCCAUCAAUCAGUCUAUUGCCAUGGCGAUCGCCGGCAACCCCUUCAACACCAUGGCGAGGAAUGCCCUGCCUUCCAUGGCGUCUGUGUCUGGCAAGGCGGUGGCCACCUUGUCAGCAGAGACCAGUCGUAACCUGCUGCUGUGUUUCCUGUGGGUGAUGAAGAACGCUGAGAGGAGUCUGAUCCAGCGCUGGACUGUCGACAUGCCCUCAGCACAGCUCAACAGACUGCUAGAACUACUCACCAUCUGCGUUUCCUGCUUUGAGUACAGGGGGAAGCAGAGCAGUGAUAAGGUGAGCACCCAGGCCUUACAGAAGUCCCAGCAGGCCAAGAUGCAGCUGGAGGACUCCCUACUGAGGGGCAUCGGAGCACGGGGGGAAAUGAUGCGCCGGGUUGGAGGAAGUGACCGCGCAGGUCAGAGAGAGAACCUACGCUGGAGGAAAGACCUGACGCAGUGGAGGCAGACCAACGACAGACAAGACAAAACGAAAGCAGAGCUGGACCAGGAGGCUCUAGUCAGUGGGAAUCUGGCUACUGAGUCCAACCUCAUUGUCCUGGACCUACUGGAGACCAUAGUACAGGCUGUUCCGUUGGCCGACUGUAAGGACAGUGUAGUGGGCGGAGCACUGAGGGUGUUGCUACACUGUCUCACCUGCAACCAGAGUACAACCUUCCUGUCUCACUGCUUCAGCACGCUUCGAGCUCUCAUCGUCAAGUUUGGUGACCUGUUGUUCGAAGAGGAAGCCGAGCAGUGUGCCGACCUGUGCCAGAAGGUUCUCCAGUACUGUAGCAGCCACGAGGACGGAAACAGAAGCCAGGCCUGCGCUACCCUAUACCUCAUCAUGAGAUGCAGCUUCAACUCGGCCAACAACUUCUCCCGGGUGAAGAUGCAGGUGACCAUGUCUCUAGCCUCUCUGGUGGGGAAGUCCGAGGACUUCCAUGAGGAGUACCUCCGCAGGUCCCUACGCACCAUCCUGGCCUAUGCCGAGGAGGACAUCGAGAUGCAGAACACACCUCUCCCCUCGCAGGUUGAUGAGCUGCUGAGGAACCUGAACAGUAUCCUGUCAGACACGGUGAAGAUGAGAGAGUUCCAAGAAGACCCAGAGAUGCUCAUGGACCUCAUGUAUAGGAUAGCAAAGGGUUACCAGACGUCGCCUGACCUGAGGUUGACCUGGCUGCAGAACAUGGCGGAGAAACACAAGAACAGGAAGUGUUUUACGGAGUCGGCCAUGUGUCUGGUCCACGCUGCAGCCCUGGUGGCUGAGUACCUCAGCAUGCUGGAGGACCACAAAUACCUACCUGUGGGCAGUGUCACCUUUCAGAACAUCUCUCCCAACGUUCUGGAGGAGUCGGCAGUGUCCGAUGACGUCCUGUCCCCAGACGAAGACGGAGUCUGUUCAGGGAGAUCCUUCACCACCGGUGGGAUGGUGGUCUUACUGGAGCAGGCGGCAGAACUCUUCAGCCAGGGUGGUCUUUAUGAGGCAGUGAAUGAGGUGUACAAGAUCGUUAUGCCUGUCCUGGAGGCUCACAGAGAUUUCCGGGAGCUGGGCUCCGCUCACCACAAACUCCAGAGAGCCUUCGACAACAUCAUUCAGAAGGGCCAUAAGAGGAUGUUUGGGACAUAUUUCCGAGUGGGGUUUUAUGGGGCCAAGUUUGGAGACCUGGACGAACGAGAGUUUGUUUACAAGGAACCAGGGAUCACCCACCUGCCAGAGAUAUCCCACAGACUGGAGAACUUCUACAGUCAGUGUUUUGGAGAUGCCCUGGAGAUGAUCAAAGACUCCAAAGACAUAGACCGGAGCAAACUGGACGCCAACAAGGCCUACAUCCAGAUCACCUACGUGGAGCCCUUCUUUGACGAUUAUGAGAUGAAAAACCGCCUGACCAACUUUGAGAAGAACUUCAACCUGCGUCGCUUCAUGUACACCACGCCCUUCACCAAGGCCGGGCGGCCGCGCGGCGAGCUCAGCGAGCAGUACAAGCGGAAGACCAUCCUCACCACCAUGCACGCCUUUCCCUACGUCAAGACGCGCAUCGACGUCAUCCAGAAAGAAGAGUUUGACCUGACUCCCAUUGAGGUGGCCAUCGAGGACAUGCAGAAGAAGACCAGGGAGCUAGCAGUAACCACACACAGGGAGCAGCCCGAUGCUAAGAUGCUCCAGAUGCUUCUACAGGGCUCUGUGGGAGCCACCGUCAACCAGGGACCAUUGGAGGUGGCCCAGGUCUUUCUGAAUGAGAUCCCAGCGGACCCCAAGCUCUUCCGUCACCACAACAAGCUGCGCCUGUGUUUCAAAGAGUUCAUAAUGAGGUGUGGUGAGGCUGUGGAGAAGAACAAGCACCUGAUCACGAUGGACCAGAAGGAGUACCAGCAGGAGCUGAAGAAGAACUACAACCGUCUGAGAGAGAACCUGCGGCCCAUGCUGGAGAGGAAGAUACCCGAGCUCUACAAACCCAUCAUCAAACCACGCUUGGAGAACAGAGAUUCCAUCAAACGGCUCAGUUUCCGCAGAGCACCGGAGGAAAACUCCUGAGAAGGACAGAUUUAUCUAUCUGAGAGAAUCUCCAGAGGCCGGAGAAGAAAGGAUGUUGUAAAAGUAGAAAAGGAGAAGGGAGCUAGCAGUCCUCAUUCACCAUGGAAGAGCAGUACACACAUGGUUACACAAUGGAGGACUUACAAUCAUGUCUGAAUCAACACAACAUUGCAAUACAUUGUCAUUGCUUGUUGUUUCUUCUUUUUUUACAAGAAGCACAAAUACGUUGUGGGAGACCAUAAUGAGCACAUUACCUAGCAGGUAAUGUGCGUUAUUUAGCAAAUUUGGCAUUUACCUGUUUUUUUUCCCAUAUUGCUAGUUCUCCUGAGUUCUAUGAUUACUGUGAGUCCUAACGAUGCUGCAAACUGCUGUGGGUUUGAGAAAGAAGGGUAAAAGUCCCACAUUAAGGUCCUUGCAGGGCCAGGGACUGUGUGUGUAUGUGUGUGCCCGUGCACCACAAUACAAUGGAACAUGUUUUCUUUUUGUAAGUGUCCUGAUAAGGAAUGCAUGAAAUCUGACUCAUACUAAAUGACUGACGAUAAAUCACUCUGAUCUCUGCAAAAGCCGUUCUGGACUUGCACUUGUAUGUGUGCAACUCUAGAGACUCUCACACUGUAAAAAAUAGAACUCCCCAGUUAACUCGUAAUGCUAUAUUUGAUAUAUACUUAGCGUACAAAACAUGAAUAUUGAGUUGCGCCCCAUUUUGCCCUCAGAACAUCCUGAGGGCAAAAUUCGUCGGGACAUGGCUAGAAGGUGUCGUAAGCCUUUCAUAGGGAUGCUGGCCCAUGUUGACCCCAAUGCUUCCCACAGUUGUCAAGUUGGCUGGAUGUCCUUUGGAUGGUGGACCGUUCUUGAUACACACGGGAAACUGUUGAGCGUGAAAAACCCUGCAGCGUUGGAGUUCUUGGCACACUCAAAACGGGUGCGCCUGGUACCCACUACCAUAACCUGUUCAAAAAUGUGUCUUGACCAUUCACCCUCUGAAUGGCACAAUUACACAAUCAUGCACACUGAUUGAAGUGGUUUUAACAAGUGACAUCCAUAAGGGAUCAUAGCUUUUACCUGGAUUGAAUUUAUCAGUCUAUGUCAUGGACAGAGUUCCAAGUGUUUUGUACACACUAAGUAUAUAUAUACAGUGCCAGUCAAAAGUUUGGACAUGCCAAUUCAACACUAUGAAAUAACACAUGGAAUCAUGUAGGAAUCAAAAAAGUGCUAAACAAAUCAAAAUAUAUUUUAGAUUCUUCAAAGUAGUCACCCUGAUGACCGCUUUGCACACUUGUUAUUCUCUCAACCAGCUUCACCUGGAAUGCUUUUCCAACAGUUUUGAAGGAGUUCCCACAUAUGCUGAGCACCUAUUGGCUGCUUUUCCUUCACUCUGGGGUCCAACACAUCCCAAUCCAUCUCAAAUGGGUUGAGGUCGGGUGAUUGUGGAGGCCAGGUUAUCUGAUGCAGUACUCCAUCACUCUCCUUCUUGAUCAAAUAGCCCUUACACUGCCUGGAGGUGUGUUGGGUCAUUGUCCUGUUGAAAAACAAAUGAUAGUCCCACUAAGCGCAAAACAGAUGGGAUGGCGUAUCACUGCAGAAGGCUGUGGUAGCCAUGCUGGUCAAGUAUGAAUUCUAAAUAAAUCACAGACAGUGUCACCAGCAAAGCACCCCCACACCACCUCCUCCAUGCUUCACGUGGGAACCACACAUGUGGAGAACAUCUGUUCACCUACUUACAAAGACACGGCGGUUGGAACCAAAAAUCUCAAAUUUGGACUCAUCAGACCAAAGGACACAUUUUCACCGGUCUAAUGUCCAUUGCUUGUGUUUCUUGGCCCAAACAAGUCUCUUCUUCUUAUUGGUGCCCUUUAGUAGUGGUUUCUUUGCAGCAAUUUGACCAUGGAGGCCUGAUUCACGCAGUCUCCUCUGUGCAAUUUAAUGUUGAGAUGUGUCUGUUACUUGAACUCUAUGAAGCGUUUAUUUGGGCUGCAAUUUCUGAGGUGCAGUUACCUCUAAUGAACUUAUCCUCUGCAGCAGAGGAAACUCUGCGUCUUUCUUUCCUGUGGGGGUCCUCUUGAGAGCCAGUUUCAUCAUAGCACUUGAUGGUUUUUGCGACUGCACUUGAAGAAACUUUCAAAGUUCUUUAAAUGUUCCAGAUUGACUGAUCUUCAUGUCUUAAAGUAAUGAUUGACUGUCAUUUCUAUUUGCUUAUUUGAGCUGUUCUUGACAUAACAUGGACUUGGUCUUUUAUUAAAUAGUGCUAUCUUCUGUAUACCACACCUACCUUGUCACAACACAACUGAUUGGCUCAAAUGUAUUAAGAAGGAAAGAAAUUCCACAAUUAACCUUAAACAAGGCACACCUGUUAAUUGAAAUGCAUUCCAGGUGACUACUUCAUGAAGCUGGUUGAGAGAAUGUCAAGAGUGUGCAAAGCUGUCAUCAAGGCAAAGGGUGGCUACUUUGAAGAAUCUCAAAUAUAAAAUAUAUUUUAAUUUAAUACUUUUUUUGGUUACUACAUGAUUCCAUAUGUGGUAUUUCAUAGUUUUUGAUGUCUUCACUAUUAUUCUACAAUGUAGAAGAUAGUACAAAUAAAGAAAAACCCUGGAAUGAGUGUGUGUCCAAACUUUUGACUGGUACUAUAUACAGUUGAAGUCGGAAGUUUACAUACACUUAGGUUGGAGUCAUUAAAACUAGUUUUUCAACCACUUCAAAUUUCUUGUAAACAAGCUAUAGUUUUGGCAAGUCGGUUAGGACAUCUACUUUGUGCAUGACACAAGUAAUUUUUCCAACAAUUGUUUACAGACAGAUUAUUUCACUUAUAAUUCACUGUAUCACAAUUCCAGUGGGUCAGAAGUCAAAGUUGACUGUGCCUUUAAACAGCUUGGAAAAUUCCAGAAAAUUAUGUCAUGGCUUUAGAAGCUUCUGAUAGGCUAAUUGACAUAAUUUGCGUCAAUUGGAGGUGUACCUGUGGAUGUAUUUCAAGGCCUACCUUCAAACUCAGUGCCUCUUUGCUUGACAUCAUGGGAAAAUCAAAAGAAAUCAGCCAAGACUUCAGAAAAAUAAUUGUAGACCUCCACAAGUCUGGUUCAUACUUGGGAGCAAUUUCCAAAUGCCUGAAGGUACCAUGUUCAUCUGUACAAACAAUAGUACGCAAGUAUAAACACCAUGGGACCACGCAGCCGUCAUACCUCUCAGGAAGGAGACGUGUUCUGUCUCCUAGAGAUGAACGUACUUUGGUGCGAAAAGUGACAAUCCCAGAACAACAGCAAAGGACCUUGUGAAGAUGCUGGAGGAAACGGGUACAAAAAUAUGUAUAUCCACAGUAAAACAAGUCCUAUAUCGACAUAACCUGAAAGGCCGCUCAGCAAGGAAGAAGCCACUGCUCCAAAACUGCCAUAAAAUGCCAGACUAUGGUUUGCAACUGCACGUGGACAAAGAUCGUACUUUUUGGAGAAAUGUCCUCUGGUCUGAUGAAACAAAAAUAAAACUAUUUGGCCAGAAUGACCAUUGUUAUGUUUGGAGGAAAAAGCAAGCUGAAGAACACCAUCCCAAUCGUGAAGCGUGGGGUGGCAGCAUCAUGUUGUGGGGUGCUUUGCUGCAGGAGGGACUGGUGCACUUCAUAAAAUAGAUGGCAUCAUGAGGGAGGAAAAUGAUGUGGAUAUAUUGAAGCAACAUCUCAAGACAUCAGACAGGAAGUUAAAGCUUGGUUGAAAAUGGGUCUUCCAAAUGGACAAUGACCCCAAACAUACUUGCAAAGUUGUAGCAAAAUGGCUUAAGGACAACAAAAUCAAUAAUAUAAAAUGUGUGGGUGGGCAAGGAGGCCUACAAACCUGACUCAGUUACACUAGCUCGGUCAGGAGUAAUGGGCCAAAAUUCACACAACUUAUUGUGGGAAGCUUGUGGAAGGCUACCCGAAACGUUUGACCCAAGUUUAACAAUUUAAAGGCAAUACUACCAAAUACUAAUUGAGUGUAUGUAAGCUUCUGACCCACUGGGAAUGUGAUGAAAGAAAUAAAAGCUGAAAUAAAUGAUUCUCUCUCCUAUUAUUCUGACAUUUCACAUUCUUAAAAUAAAGUGCCGAUCCUACCUGACCUAAGACGGGAAUUUUUACUAGGAUUCAAUGUCAGGAAUUGUGAAAAACUGAGUUUAAAUAUAUUUGGUUAAGGUGUAUGUAAACUUCCGACUUCAACUGUGUGUGUGUGUAUAUACAUAUAUACUUUUUUGUUAGCCUAUUAUGUCUAUGUAGAUACUAACAAAGAUUAAUUUAUUAUGAGUUCACAAAUGCGUCAAGGCACAUACAUCAUAACUGAUGCCAUCACCAAGCAAACCUAAAUGGCAAAUCUGUAUUUACACAGAGAGACUGAAAUGCUAUUUAGACGACACAUCAGAGAAUUAAUAUACAAAUGUUUACAGUUAUGAUACUUUUUUUUUCUUCAUAAAAAUAUAUAUUUUAGUUAUUAUACAGUAUCAUCACUUUAGCUGGCAAUAACAAUAUUGAAACAAUGUUGGUUACCAUGACUAAAUGUGACAAAGCCAAUGCACAUAUCUAUAGUUUAUUUUUGUUGUUGAAAAAUGUAUGUAUUAGGUGCCAAAAUAAAGACAUCCUACAAUCUAUGUUUACUGUACCAACAAGACAGGUUUUCAAGUAUUUGCCCAGGCUCUUAAUCUUCUGUUUAUCUGUGUGUUAAUGUUGAUGUGAUGUUGUAGAACGUCAUGUAUUCCAAUAGAGAAACCCUUUGUAAUACUACUGGGAAAACGCAAUACUCUGAUUUUAAAUACUUAUGGGCAAAGAGCCAUAUAUUAAUAUAUGGCUCUGUGUAUGGGUAUUCAUUCACAUUAUCUUUUGUGUUCUGUUACAAUGUAGGUGCAUAAUAGUACAGUAAGUGAGUAUAGGACAUAUUGUAGGCAGUAGCCUACCAAUAAACACUGGAACCCUU